AUAGGAAACCAGCUCAACAUCAAACAUGGCUGCUUUCGGCGUGAAACAAGUUUUGUCACUGUCUAUUUUGUUGAUUUUCAUCGUUGAAACAUUAGGAGGGAGGGAUUUUUAUAAGAUCCUUGGGGUCUCAAAAAGUGCAACAACUAACCAGAUAAAGAAAGCCUACAGAAAAAUGGCUAAAGAACUACAUCCUGAUAAAAGACAAGACGAUGAUGAAGAAGCUAAUGAACAAUUCCAGGACCUUGGGGCUGCUUAUGAGGUUUUAUCUGAUACAGAAAAGAGAAAGAUUUAUGACAAGCACGGAGAAGAAGGCUUGAAAAAAGGAGAUAUGAGUGGUGAUCCUUUCUCUAGUUUUUUCGGUGGUUUUGAUUUUGGUUUUGGAUUUGGAGGUCAGGAAAAAGAUAGAGAGAUUCCGAAAGGUGGAGAUGUUACUAUGAACCUAGAUGUCACUUUAGAAGAAUUAUACAAUGGAAAUUUUAUUGAGAUUAUAAGGUAUAAACCAGUAGCCAAACCAGCCAAGGGAACCAGAAAAUGUAAUUGUAGAACAGAAAUGGUAACCCAGUCUUUAGGUCCUGGCAGGUUCCAGAUGACACAACAGCAAGUCUGUGAUGACUGUCCUAAUGUCAAAAUGGUGCCAGAAGAAAAAGUAUUAGAGGUUGAAAUAGAACCUGGAAUGAGAGACGGACAAGAGUACCCCUUUGUAGCUGAAGGUGAGCCACAUAUAGACGGUGAACCUGGAGAUUUAAGAUUUAAAAUCAGACAAAUAAAACAUAGACAAUUUGAGAGAAGGGGUGAUGACUUGUUUACAAAUGUAACUGUAUCACUAUCUGAUGCCCUGACAGGUUUUGAAAUGGAAAUAAAACAUUUAGAUAAUCAUAUGGUAAAUAUAAAGAGAGACAAAAUAACAUGGCCAGGAGCCAGGAUGAGAAAAUCACACGAGGGGAUGCCUAAUUAUGAAAAUAACAACGUAAAAGGAUCCUUAUUUGUUACUUUUGAUAUUGAUUUCCCUAAGGGAACACUUAAUGAUGAACAAAUUGAAGGUAUCAAAAAGAUAUUAAACCAAGACACAGUUAAGACAGUUUAUAAUGGAUUACAGAUGGACCAUUUCUCGUGAUGAAUGAUAUCAUUAGGACGUGCUGUGUAAGGGAUGUAUAACUGAUUCUUUUGGGAGUAUGGAUGAGAGCUUGAUAAAAUACCAUUUUCAUAUUGCUGGAUUUUACCAUGACUGACAUUAAUUUUGUGCCAGUUGACCUGAUUAUAUAUGAAAGAUGGACACUUCUGGUCUUGAAGGUCAAAUGUUUUGUUUUUUUUUUUACAAUUAAAAAUAUGGGGAAAUGUUUUAUUUCUUGCUAUGUUGGACAAAUUUGAAAUUCAUAGAAAAAACAUUGGAAAAUUUAGGUGUCUGAAAUGGAAUAUAAGAUUUUGUAAAUUUUAAGUUGUACAGUAGUUCUAUUUUUCAUAUAUGGAGAUUUUCUUAAUUUCUUACAUUUUGUAUCAAAAUACAUGUACAGUUGAUUUUCCUUCAAACUUGAACUUAAGAUUGAGCAUUAUUGAGCCAGAGUCAGGAAUGUGUGGUAGAUUUAUUAAGUUUUGGUUAUUAUCAAGCUUAUGAGUGCAUGGUACUUUGUUUUUAUAAAGAAAUCUCUUCUUUGACAUGG